AUGAUCAACUACAUCCUCCUGGUAUCUCGACAAGGAAAGGUCCGUUUGGCCAAAUGGUUCACCACCAUGGCGCCGAAGGUGAAGGCCAAGAUCGUCAAGGAUGUCACGCAGCUGGUCCUCGCUAGGCGCACUCGGAUGUGCAACUUCCUCGAGUACAAAGAUACCAAGGUGGUCUACAGGCGAUAUGCAUCCCUGUUCUUCGUUUGCGGCAUAAGCACGGAAGACAACGAGUUGGUCACGCUGGAAAUCAUCCAUAGAUACGUCGAGAUCUUAGACCGAUACUUUGGCAAUGUCUGCGAGUUGGAUCUCAUAUUUAACUUCCAGAAAGCGUAUGCUAUACUCGACGAGCUUAUCAUUGCAGGCGAAUUGCAGGAGUCUUCUAAGAAGUCAGUUCUUCGAGUAGUCACUCAAUCGGAUAGCGUCGAAGAGCAAGAAAACUCAGAGGACACAAUGGCCCGACUAGGCUCUCGCAGUGGUUAG